AUGACCGGUUCUAUGGAGGCAACUGGCUUGAACGAGAGACUACUCGCCCGCGACGAGCAGCAACUGCAUGUCGCCUCCGGUCAAAGUUCCGGUACAAGAGUCCUCGUUAGGGAUUAUCAGGCCGGUCUGCUAUCUGAGGAAGAGUUUGAUCAAGCAUUCGAUCGUCAACUUGAGUAUGAUCAAGGCAAAACUAAAGAGAGUUGGAGUCGGAUGGAAGUCAAGGAUGUCACCUACGCUCUUGUUUGCACGGCUAUUGGCGCAGGAGUUCUCAGUCUACCUUAUGCCAUGGCUCAGAGUGGUCUGAUCAUAGGUCGUACGUAG